UUUGAUUCAAUUGAAAGUAUGUUAGGUUAUGAAACGUAGAUUUAAUUGCUUUAAAUAUAAAAUAAAAUAAUCACAAUGACUACCGACAAAAAAAUGAUACAAGAGUUUGUAUUGGAGCAAGACAAUGAACUUCGCUUUGAGGUCGAAUCGAAAAAUGAAAAAGUUUAUUUAACUUUAAAAAGUGGCACCGCCGAAAUCUUUGGUACAGAAUUAGUUAAAGCCAAGACUUAUGAAUUUUUAUCGGGAGCCAAAGUGGCAGUUUUUACUUGGCAUGGAUGUGUUGUAGAAGUAAAGGGUAAAACCGAUGUUAUAUACACAGCAAAAGAAACUCCUAUGAUUAUAUAUUCAAACUGUCAUGCUGCUCUCGAAAUUCUGAGGACCGAAGCAGAAAAAGAAAAUAAAAGGGGUCCCAUAGCUAUGAUCGUAGGCCCAGGAGAUGUUGGAAAGUCAACUCUUUCUAGGGUGUUAUUAAAUUAUGCAGCUAGAAUGGUGAGAAGACCUAUUUUUGUAGAUAUAGAUGUAGGACAGGGCCAUAUUUCAAUUCCUGGGACUAUUGGAGCCUUAGUGGUGGAACGGCCUGCAGGUAUAGAAGAAGGGUUUUCACAAGAAGCCCCAUUAGUAUAUAAUUUUGGGCACAAAAGUCCUCAAAGUAAUAUUAAUUUAUACAGUAUAUUAGUGGAUCAGUUAGCAUCUAUGGUUAAGGAGAGAUUAGAAGUAAAUAAGAAAACUCGUGCAUCUGGUGUUAUCAUUAAUACCUGUGGUUGGACCAAAGGGGAUGGUUACAAACAACUUUUAAGUACAGCAAAAGCUUUCGAAGUAGAUGUUAUAAUGGUUUUGGAUCAGGAAAGGCUCUAUAACGAGAUGGUCCGAGAUAUGCCUAGCUUUGUAAAGAUCAUAUUUUUGCCAAAAAGUGGUGGAGUUGUAGAACGUUCCAAAAGUAACAGAAUAGAACAAAGGGACUUAAGAACUAGAGAAUAUUUUUACGGAUCCCCUAAAAACUCUCUGUAUCCGCAUUCAUUUGAUUUAAAGUAUUCUGAUGUUAAAAUAUAUAAGAUAGGAGCUCCUGCUUUGCCUGAUUCAUGCCUUCCUCUUGGAAUGAAAGCAGAGGACCAUAUGACCAAGCUAGUUUUAUUGACACCCAAUGCAGGAAUACUACAUCAUCUUUUAGCAGUCAGCUUUUCUGAGAAUGGGGAGGAGGAUAUCAUUACAUCGCAUAUUGCAGGAUAUAUUUGUGUUACCAAUGUUGAUGCAGAUAGGCAAAUCAUCACUGUUCUCUCACCUCAACCUAAACCACUACCAAGUAAUAUAUUAGUAUUAUCAGAAAUCCAGUUUAUGGAUACUCAUUAAUUAAAAUAAACUGUAUGAAUUGUAAAUAGACUAUAUUUUAUAAAAAUAAAUAAAUUUUGUAAACAUUAGUAUGUAAUUAAUAAAAAGAAGCAUAUCCAU